CAACAUGAAGCAGUUUGCAUUGUUCAGCAUUUUCCUCUUGAUUCUGGUUGUGGGAUUGGCCCAGCUGCCCCAGCAGGUUGCUGCCCAGGGCCAGAAUGGACAACCACAUGGACACCCGAUGCCGCCAAAUGGCAAUGGAAAUGGCAACCAGCAGCAGGAUGGACAAGGUCAAAAUGGGCAAAACAACAACUAGGAUUUGGAGGGGAUACACUUCCUCCUCCUUCUUCUCCCUUUACUGGCCACAGUUUUCCAGUAUCCUUAAAUAAAAAGUUUCUUUAGCAAAAGCAGAAA